AGCAACUAGGGGUUAAGUGUCCUGCUCAGGGACACAUUGGUGGACGUGUCACUGUGGGGAAUUGAACCCCAGUUAAUCGGUUCACUGCUUCAACUCCAGUUUAACUCAUGAUUCUUCUUUGAAUGUUUCAGACAGAAAUUUCAGCCGUGCUGGAGUCCUUGAAAAAAAAGUUCAGAACACUGAACAAAACAAAGAAGCACUGAGAGGAAACAAAAAACUAUAUCCAGACCCAAGCUCAUGAAAAUGAGAAAGAGAUUAAAGAGGAGUUUGAGAAGCUACACCGGUUUCUAUGGGAGGAGGAAAACGCAAGACUGAUGGUGCUCAAACAGGAAGAGGUCAUUAAGACCCAGGUGAUGUGUGAGAAGCUGCAAAACAUCGAGGACCAGAUCAAAAUGCUCUCGUCCACCAUCAGUGAUACUGAGAAAGCCCUCAGGGCAAACGAUUUACAAUUUCUACAGGACUACAAGCAGACAAAGAAAAUGGUCAAAUGCAACGUCCGACAGCCAGAGUUAAUCCGAGAUAUCCUGAUUAACUCUGCAAAGCAUCUGAGAAUGCUGAAGUUUGGAAUUUGGAGGAAGAUGGCGAACAUCGUCACAUAUGUUCCCAUCACUUUCGAUCCAAACACGGCCCAGUCCAACUUAAACUUCUCAGAAGAGUUGACCUGCGUACAAUACAGCAAUAAGCAGCUCCUACCUGACAACCCUGAACGCUGCACCAACUGUCUGUGUGUGCUGGGAGCGACCGGCUUUACAUCUGGAAAGCACAGCUGGACCGUAGAUGUGGGCCAAGGCAAAAACUGGUACAUCGGAGUGGCCCAGGAGUCCAUCAAAAGGAAGACGGUCGUCUUCCUCAAACCGACUGAGGGUUUCUGGGUGAUCGGCCUGUGCAAUGGAGACUCGUUCUGGGCUAAGACCACACCUCCCACCAAGCUCACGUUGAAGCAGAAGCCUGACAGGAUUACCGUAGAGCUCGAUUAUGACAAAGGAAAGGUGGUCUUCAUCAACACUGCUGAUAUGACAACAAUAUACACAUUCAAAGACAGAUUUACAGAGAGGAUUUUCCCAUACUUCUCCCCUGGAUUGAACAAAGAUGGGGAAAACUCCAGCCCGCUGACAAUCAGUCCUCAGACUAUAACAGUGGAUGUAGAGUAAACUCACCAACAGUAAACACAAGACUCAGAGUGAGUGUGUGUUAAAGCUACCAUAACUGACAAAAAUAAGUGAAUUGUUAAAUAUAGUAGUUAAAAUAAUGAAUCCAUGCAGCACUCAUGAAAUUCAGUAGCAAAUUGUAUGAUAGUGUACAGUGUAUCCAAUGAACAUUAAGAAAGGCAACAUAUAGUAUAUUCAGUUAAAGUAGACUGUUAGCAUUGUGAAACAUCUGAAUUGUUUAUUCGUGUUCAGAACUGAAAUGUAUGGAGUUGUUCUGGUAUCAUUAAUUGUCCUCUUUGUUUUUUGGUUUCCUCUGUGAUGCCAUAUCUUUCAGUUUAGAGUCCAGUUUCCUCUGCAGAUAGGCUUUCUUAUUAGGGUCCAUGGAUUUGUCUUUCUUCCCACUCCCGGCAUAAAGAACGCCUUCUUUGCUUAUUCUCAUCCGAGCAUGAGACUUGGCUUUGUCUCCACAGCCAUGAACCUAAAAAGAGUUAAAAGCAUGCAUUUUCAAGUAAUCAAAUCAGGUAUGUCAAGGUCACAUAGUCUAAACAUCAACCAAAACAAGUACUAUUUGCAAGCGGUAUCCUCCUGUCUUACCUCUGGUAUAUGAUGACUGAGACAAUACUGUCUGUUGCAGAACGGGCAAAGCUGUCCAAGUGUUAGCACUGAAGCUUUACACUUCACAAAACUGCACACACUCUCAGCUUUCCUGACAGCGUUGAUAAGUGUGUCAAAGUCAUCAUCUGGAGCGGCGGCAGCAGCGAUGUCGCAGGCGCCUGCCUUCGUUCGGUUCUUUCCUAGGAGACAAACGGCACAUUUGAAUUACUGCAAACACAUCAGAGCACACAAGUUUUUAAAAAACAAAAAAACACUCGGAUGUUUUUACUACAAACCUUUAACUGACUUGGGCUUCUUCGAUGACUGGGCCGGAGCUGGUGGGAUGUUCUGUUGCUUUUUUUGUUGAGCAUUUUCUUCCCUUUUCUGCUGCUCCCUCUUCAUUCGCUCCAAAUGUAAACUUUUCAGGUCUAAUGGUGGUUGACACAGUGUCUGUCUUUGGGGAUUGGGAACAGUUUCCUCUUCUUCUUCUUCCUCCUCCUCCUCUUCCUUCUCCUUUUCUGUUGGCUGUUCAGCUGGUGUUGACACCAGGGGCCUGGAGACAGUGAUACACCUGUCUUUACCCUCGCCUUUACUCUCAUGAACGAGGCCCAGCUCCUCAGCGACCUGGUGGACCAGCAGGCGGUCAUGAGAGUUAAACGAUGAUGGAAACUCUAGUUCACUCCGAUUUAAGUCUUUUAGAAAGCUCUCCACCUGCUCUCUGAUCUCAGCGUAUCUGUUCUUCUUCUGCUCUUCUUCUGUCAGUGCUGUUAUGCUGGACUUUGCAUACUUAGUAUUAGCAGUAUUUUCAUUACUGCUGCUACCAGUGGACUUCCUCUGUUCUUGCUUCGCCUUGCUGGGAGGCUGAUCUUUCACCUUCUGUUUGUUGGCUGUGGAGCUGCUGGCAGACGUAUUAGCCUUGGUGUCUUUGUGGUCGCGGGUGUAGUUCUGUGGCACGAUGUCUUGGAUGUAUUCAAAUGCUGUUCUCACCUCGCCAAACUCAGUUAUAUGAUCGAUCAGGGACUUCAGGAAAGCAUGAUUCUGGACAGUUUGAGUGUCGCACACUACAGUGAUGUGACGUCUCGCUCGUGUAACAGCCACAUUAAUCCUUCGGUCCUCUGCCAGAAAUCCAACUUCCCCUAAAAUAAAAUAAAUAUAUUUAUGCAAAUGAAUGUUACAAACAUUCAUGGUGUGGCAGAUGAGGGCCCAACUACCCACCAAAAAAAACAUUACCUUUUCUGUUGGACCGGACUAAUGACAACACCACAGCCUCUUUCUCUCUGCCCUGAAACCCAUCCACUGACUUUAUCUCCAGCUCUGGGUGCCUCGCAGACAGUUUCUGGCGCAGUAGAUCGACCUUCACAGGGAUAAAAACAUUUAAAAACACAUCACUUGUUUCUAAAUUUCUAGUUUAAUGUUACAUUUUCUAUUUUGGGGAAUUUUAUUUUUUAUUACUGUGAAAGUGUAGAUCUUUUAUUUAUGGAAUAUGGAAAAUAAAGUUUUGCUUUUUGCUGACACAGUACAGAGUAGCAGCUGGGUGUAGUUACUCCAAUCAGUGACUUACUUGUAGAUUGUACGGAGCAAUAACAGCUAUGUCUUUAGCUUUAACCCCAGCUUCAGUCAAGGCCUUUAUGUGCAAUUCAACAAUGUCUACUUCACCUGAAAAUAAAGUAAACAUACUGUUAGU